AUGCUUACCAUAGGUAGAUCCUCGUGGUACGAAGAGCUGUCUACGCUCAAUCUCUUCUAUCUCACCAGCGAAGACUUGGUCGCCACGCCCGCCAAAUAUCGAUCGGUAGAGUUCUCGGUGGUUGAUCAUUUCACAACUAAGAGCCAGACCACUCGUAUCCCGCCGCCCACGCCUAGGAAAACAGCAGUUGAUUUGUCGACUGGCCAUACGUCGGGAGGGUUUCGUUUCUAUCCGAGAAAUUACGUCGCUCGGGUUGAGCAGAUCCCUUGCAGGAUGAAUCCCAAGGAACAAGACAACGUCGUCACUUAUCCUUCGAAUUCUAUUGAAUCAGGCCAACGAUCGCCGUCUUUCGAGCGCGAAGAACCAGACUCAGGUAUCUUCCUACACCCGGAAUCUCGUCCAAUCACUCAAGAGCAGCUUGUACACGAGGUUAAAGGUAUCUACGCUGGUUUGGUAAUGGUGAAAAACAAAUGCCUCGAGAUUGACCAGCAACAAGCUACUACAACAACAAAACUUGGCGCUGAGCAAUGGCAAGCUCUUGUCGCUCUCCACCGUACACUCCUCCAUGAGCAUCACGAUUUCUUCCUGGCUAGUCAGCAUCCCUCUUCCUCGCCAGCAUUAGGGAGGUUGGCCACCAAAUAUUCAAUGCCCACACGUAUGUGGCGUCAUGGCAUUCACAGUUUUUUGGAGUUACUUCGGUACCGGCUUCUAGAUUUGGGGGACCAUAUGACUUAUUCAAUGAUGGCAUUCCUCACAGAAUCUGUACCUGGUUUUGAGGAGACGUGGAUUGAAUGCUUGGAUGAUCUGACGCGAUAUCGAAUGGCCAUUGAAGAAGCCGACAUAAGGGACCGCAAAUUGUGGGCUGCCGUGGCCAAAAUGUGGUAUGACAAAGCAGACGACCGGUCGUUACACGUCGGAAGAAUCCAGCAUCACUUUGCUGUGCUAGCCCGCCCCAGUAUCGUGAAUUUCUUCAACACCACGACAACGCAAGAAAGCCCGGAUAGGCAGACCGAAGUCUUUCCUCGGAGUAGGGCUUGUCCUGGGCCCCUGCUUCCGAAAGAUUGCCUGCUGCGAGAUUUGACAGCGGCAUCGUUUCAUUCCUCGGCUAAAAACCAUAGCCAAAUGUGGCCGCCAGUUGGUGUGGUGCUCUCACAGCCCCAUGAUGCAGCAGCUGAAAAGGACUGCCUUGGUGAACAGGUCCAGAACAUCACUCCCAGACCAGCGCAUGGGUAUCCAAAACGGGGCAAUUGGACCGGCUGUGUCACAGAUUCUAGGAAUUCUAGCACUCUGACAUUUCCUUUACGAAUGAUAUCUCCUGCUAUUCUGAACCUUGGCCUGGUCUACCUAGCGCUGAGUAGGAUACCUGUUGCAUUUGCCGAACAAGUUUUUGAGCCCUCACAGGGCUCGAAUCGUUCGAGUUGGAUUGGCGCACUGCUUCUAUCGUUCAUAAUUGGGGUUGCUGGGCGGAUGACCAAGGGUGACCUAGGACCCUGUCUCGCUUCCUCCAUAUGGCUUGGGUUGGCCUCGGCUGCUGUGUGGACCAGUUUGGACGGGUUGAUGCGAUGCGCUGCAGUCGCAGGUGUUAUGAUUCCUCUUCUCACUACCGCACUACACCGCGCUGAGAAUAGACGCCAAAGUUUGAAUUUCCGACGAAAAGAGAGUGACGACAUGAUGGAAAAAGCCGGUAUUGAUUCUGGCGACGAAGAUGAUAGUGACGAAGACUAUGAUAGUAGCGUUCUACUUGACUGGACAGCUGAACCUCGAGGACGCGACGGAUCCACAGCGGCUGUAGCAAGUUUGGUGGCUGAGGAAAUGUCUCGAAGCCAAACUUACGAGGAUCGCGACAGCAGCCCCGAAUCCUUCAAUGGCACCUACGGGUUUGAGCGUUAG